GACCACCGGCUUGCGAAUAAUAACGAGAUAUAUUUUUUUGUUCUUAGUUGAGAAUAAACGCGACUUUGUUGUUUUUAAAUUUCAGAGACUUUUUCGGUUGGCUUGAGUAGUGGAUUUUAGUGGCGGUUUGAGGGCGAGUUUUUGGAGGAGGUUGAUUCGAGAUCCUAAGAGGCCAUGUCGGCCAAUAUAAGUGACGUAGCCAGGAUCCAAGAUGAAGACAUUCUACGAAAAAUGUGGCAAGAUACCGACGAUUUCGGACGCAAAAAAGAAAUAAGAUCCCACAUGUACAAACUGCGCGAGGCUCGUCUGAAAGAUUUUUACAAUUCCGCCGAUGUCAAUAAUACGGAAAUUCAUCGAUCGACAACUACUUCUACCGCAUCGAAAACCAACAUGUCUACCACUCACGCUGAUUUAUUAGCUGAUCAAAGUUAUGUGACACUGAAGAGCAAGGAAGUAAGGGAUUCGGAGAGUCCCACUAGGGAUAGCUACAACAAAUCUAUUGUCAAGCAUCAAGACCAAGGUUGGAACAUCAACACCUCGCACGAGAAAAGCCUGGACGGAAAAACCCAUACGUCCAAGCACACAGCUACCACGUCUGGAACUCAGAAAAUCGAUGGCGGAAAACUAGACUACGCUGCCAAAUUGGAAGAAAAAUCUUCAGUUUUUCAAGACGGCGACGAUAAAAACUUUAUCAGAGGCGUUGGAACUUCGUCCAGCUCAGCGGUCCGUCAAGAAGCUUCAGGUGGCGAUGAACAUUCAAAUUUCAGAUCUUCCAGCAGCAAAACUUCUUCGUCUUCGACCUACGCGUCCGAAAGUAGACAUGCGAGUGAAGACAUCAAAGCAUUACCUGCAACUAUUAACCAAAAUAACGCGAAAUCUAUUAGUGAAAAAACUUAUACUACUAAUAUACCACAUGAACUUAAAAGCCAUCCUAAUUAUAUAGAAGGCAAAACUAAGGUUACCCAAGAAACUCAAACUUUAGCUGAUGGCACUGUGGUUACCACUACUAAAUAUGAAACCAAACAAGGCAAUUCUACUGAAACAGCUACUCACAAAAAAUACUCUAAUAUUGCUUCUUCGCACACUGAACAGAGAACCUCUUCAAGCAAAACUCAUCAGGAAUCUAGUAGAAACAUUUACAAUGACUCCACCAUGAAUAGAAACGAUCAAAGGGCUAUUGAGUAUAUUGUUGAACCAGAUGUACAAGAUACUAGACGAUUUAGUAAUCAACAAACAACAAAAACUACUCAAAGUGAACAAACCAAUCGACAAAGUCAACAAACAACAAAAACCACUCAAAACGAACAAGUUAAUAGACAAAACCAACGCAUUGUCCAUGAGGAAAAUGUUGAUUACAUCCCCAGUGAACAAAACGUCACUACAAAAACAACUACUACAAGAAAUGUAGUAUCAAGAACACCCCAAGAGCAAACUGACAUUAGCAAACAUCACAGAGUGACUCAAGAUAGGGCCGAGUACGUUGAAAUUCCUGUCGAUCAGUUUGUGAAAACCACCAAAACAACAGUAACUGAUCAAGUUCCUAGUAAUACCACUUAUCAUACCACUUCAACUCACUUGAUCAACCAAAAGAAUGACACCAAGAACGAUCAGUUUAUAUCUACUGAACGUCAACAUGAAGUAGAAACCAGAGAAGCUUAUCAGCAACAACCUAAAUCCAGUCAGGAACCUGUAAGACGUCAACCCAAUGAAGCUCCAAAAUCACCACAAGAGCCUCAUGUGCAACCAGACAGACGUCAACCAAUUCGACCAGGAAAAUCUGAGCUAGAUCAGAAACCAGCUCCCACUGACGGACAAUAUGAUACCACUUAUCGUAAUGAUUAUACCAGCAAAAAGAUUUCAGUGGAAGUAAGUGCUACCCAUGACGCAUUUGCUAGGUCUUUGAGGUCCAUUACGCCUGAAAGGAUCACUAGAGGUUCGCCUAGAACCAACAGUAAUGCUUCUUUGAGGAGAGACGCAAGUCCUGAAAAGAUGAGGUUCCCGUCUAGAACUUCACCGGAACGUUACGGAAGAUCUAGAAGCCCCAAAAAGGCUGCAGAUAAAUUUUCAAGCACGGAAACAAUCACUUAUAGCAGGCAAUCGCCUGAAAGAUACUCCAGUGAUAUUAAAACUACACAUUACAGCACAGACACUUUUACGAGAAAAUCUAAAAACGACUCCAUUGACUCCAGCACUUUGACUCGCAAAAAAACUACUAAACCAAGAAGUCCUUCACCAACCGGAACCACUACAAGUGACUUUGAGUAUAUAAGAAGCACUAAAGAUGUCAUUACUGAUUUGGAUGACGUUACUGUAACCAGAAAAGACACUACAAGACCUUCUAGCUUAGACAUCACCACUAGAAAGAUUAAAAAAGUUACUGAAAGAUCACCAACUUCACCUUUAACUGAUCUCCGUAGGUCUCCAACGAAAGAUUCUCCUACUCCAACCAACGAAAGACCAAAACUUGUCCGAACUGAUACUUAUGAAGAAAGGGUCAAGGAAAUUUUGGGUUUAAAUAAGGACACUAAAGAGACACGUAGAAGCAGUUUGGAAAAAAGUUCCAUUAAAAGGAGUUCGUUUAGGGAAACUAGCACCAGAACUUCAAGUAGCGAUGAUGUAACCAGAAGGCUAUCAAGAAGCAGCCCUGUGAAAACACCAGAAAAUCAAUAUCCGAAUAGGAGAAGUCCUGUUAAAGAAAAAUCACCAGAAAAACAAUCACAAUCUAGAAAGUCGCCAACUAAAAGUAGUCCUUCUGUUUCUGAAUUACCUGCGCAAAUUAGAAGGUCGCCAGAAAAACAACCAUUGGAACCUUAUCCUGAAAGAAGGUCGCCUACUAAGACUGGGCCAACAAUUUCUGAGUUCCCAGCGCAAACCAGGAAAUCUCCAGAAAAAAAACCAUUGGAACCUUAUCCUGAAAGAAGGUCACCAACUAAAAGUGGGCCAACAAUUUCUGAGUUCCCAGCGCAAAAUAGGAAGUCUCCAGAAAAAGAACCAUUGGAGCCUUAUCCUGAAAGGAGGUCGCCUACUAAAACUGGGCCAACAAUUUCUGAGUUCCCAGCACAAACUAGGAAAUCUCCAGAAAGAGAACCAUUGGAACCGUAUCCUGAAAGAAGGUCGCCAACUAAAACUGGGCCAACAAUUUCUGAGUUUCCAGCGCAAAUUAGAAAGUCUCCAGAAAAAGAACCACUGGAACCGUAUCCUGAAAGAAGGUCACCAACUAAAACUGGCCCAACAAUUUCUGAGUUCCCAGCGCAAACUAGGAAGUCUCCAGAAAAAGAAAAAUUGGAACCGUAUCCUGAAAAAAGCUCACCAACUAAAACUGGACCAACAAUUUCCGAGUUUCCGUCACAGAUUAGAACUUCACCAGAAAGGGAGCCAUUGGAGCCUUAUCCUGAAAAGACAUCACCAACUAAAACUGCUCCGUCAAUUUCAGAAUUCCCAUCACAAAUCAGAAAAUCACCUGAGAAAGUUGUCCUAGAACCCUAUCCUGAAAGAAAAUCUCCUACCAAAUCUGGUCCAACCAUUUGCGAGUUCCCAUCGCAAGUGAGAAAAACUCCUGAAAGAGAACCUUUGGAACCAUAUCCUGAAAAAACUAGCCCCUCAAAGGAUAAACCUUCGCUAUCUGAAUUCCCAUCGCAAAUACGUAAAUCUCCUGAACCUUUGGAACAGUAUCCAGAGAAGAAAUCUCCUGGCAAAAAUAUUCCCAAAUCAGCAGAAAUUAAACCAUCUGGAAUAUCACAACCAAAGAAGUCUCCAAUACAUGACGAGAAAUUGCCUAAAAAAGAAGCACCAACCAUUGCAGAAUUUCCAUCUCAAACCAGAAAGUCUCCAGAAAAGAAAACUCCGCGAAAAUAUGCCGCAGGCAUUGCAGCAGUUCCAUCUCAAAUUAAACCUUCGUCCAAAGACAAGAAACCUAGAAAAGAUUCGGAAAGCUCUACAUCUGAAACAGAAGACGUUGAAGAAACCAUCACACAAAAAACUGUGGAAACAGUAGAAACGAGGAUCCCUGUUGAGGAACCAGUGUUAGAAAAGAAAAUCUUCAGUCAACUUUGCAAAGCAGACGAAGUGAGGAAAAUAGACCACAAGAAAACCACACAAGAAUUGAUUGAAUCUGAGAUUCUGGAAAAUGAAAUUACAAAACAGCAAACCACUAAAAUUAUUAAGAAGGAUAAACCAACACAAAAUGGAUUUUUACCUAAGAGACCAAUCACAAAAAAGCUGCCUGAAGUUACCAAAACUGAUAGUCCUACAAGUAAAGUUCCCCUUAAACGGGAACCAUCAAAAGAAAAAUCUCCAAUGAAGAAAACUCCAUCUAAAAAGCUUAUAGAAGUGACUGCAAAGUUAAGUCCAAGAAUACCAACUCCUAAAAAGCAACCACAAACAAUUUACAAGGUUGAGAAGACCAAAUUUAUUGGUGCCACUGAAUACCAAGACGAAUAUUCUAAAAUAAGUAAGCUGAAAAAGGAGCCAGUAAAGAAACCUGUGAAACCUACCACUAAGACUACUCUUUAUAACAUUGAGCAAACAUCAGGCACAAAAGAAGACAAAUCAAUUCAUAUAAGAACCAAUAGAGUUGAUGAUACGGUAACCAAGAAAAAAGUUACCAAAACUAUAAUGCUUAACGGUGAUGCACCUAAGCCCAAAGGAAAAAUACCAAGUCCCAUCAACAAAGCACCUGCAACUAAGGCCCCUGAAGUGAAACCUAAACAAUCCACAACUACUGUCACUCAAUCAAGGUAUUCUACGACUGUCAAAAAAACUGUAAAUGAAGUCAAACCAAAAAGCAAACUAAUUGAACCCAAAAAGCAUACAGUGACUACCAGGGUAACAGUAGCACCCACCAAAAAGACUAUCACCAAGAAAGAAUACGUGUCUUCAGACGAUGAAGAAUCUGUUGUAGAAAGCGUAGAAGGGUCUCUUAUUGAUUUAACAAAUAAAGAUACAGACAAUAGACAAACUACCAAAAGAGUCAUAACAACCAAAACAGUUCUCAUAACCAACGAACCUGGUCCUGAUCGUGAAGUUAUUGUCAAUCUACAAAGAUCAAAAUCUUCCCGUGAGCCUACUCCUGAUAGACUCUGUCCAAGACCUCUGACGAGUGACGAAGAAGAAGAUGAGACGCCAGCAAGAUAUCCUGAUCAAAUUAGUGAACCUGAUGAAGGCUCCUUGAAACGAAAACCCAAAAAACUCUCAGACAUGCCUAUAUUUGAAACUGAAACUGAUUUCAAUGAAAAUGCUACUAGGAUCACUGAAAUGAGUUCCAGGAUAACUAAAGUUGAUAAGGUUGAAGAAAGUGAUGAAAGCUUAUUGAGUAUUAAUAAGAAAAUUAAUAAAUUUUUAAAUACUGCUGAUCAAUUGACUAGAGAACCUUUAAAACCGAAGCCAGGCAAAGUUGAAAGGCCUUCUUUGGUAGUUUCAGAAGAUUUAAAAGAAGACGAAUGCCUUUUGAGUGUCUCAGAUAAGGUUAGCAAGUUUAUUAGUACAGCUGAACAACUAACAACCGACAGGUCUAGAAGCCCCAAACCAAAAUCAUUCGAUGUCAAUGUAAAUAUUCAACAGAAAGUUUCAGACUUUAAUACCUCUGUAGAAGAAACCCAGAAACCUAAAACUGUUGCUCCAAAGGUAUCACGUCCAGAUUUAGAAGAUGUAGAAGACGAUCUUAAAGAAGACGAAUGCUUGCUAAGCGUGUCUGAUAAAGUAAGCAAGUUUAUUUCAACAGCAGAAAAAUUAACCACCUCUACAUCUACGAAACCAACAGUGAGUCUUUCAAAGAUGGAGAUUCACCCAACUAAAGAUGUUACUAGUGAAUUUAUUCAUACAGAGAAAAGACAGGAAAUCAGUUCACGUAAGUCUCCUGAAAGGAUAUCUUUUGCCUCUCCGGAAACCACAACACCUACUAAACAAAGAUCACCUUCUCCAGAUUAUAAAACACCCGACAGAAAACCGUCGAAUGAGUAUGCGUCGAUUUUGAAAACAGGAAAAGUUGAAACUGAUUAUUAUACAUCAACUUCUCCAGAAUCUACACCAAAAUCUUCAAGAAAAGUGCAAGAUGACUCCAAGUCUACCACAAGGCUUAGGAGCACUGAAAGUAUUAAAAGAGCAAAGGCUUUAUUCGAAAAUAUUGGCAAAGACCAUGACACUCCUUGGCAAAAAGAUAUUCUGUCAAGACCUUCAGUGUUUGAUGCUAAAAAAUCUACAAAAACCACCAGUAGGACUGAUGUAGAGGAGCAGCAAGAAGUUAUUAGAAGAAAAUCAUCUACACAGAAAGUUGAUACCGUACAAUUUAUAAAAUCACAAUCUCCAGAAAGGCCAAGCUCUCCAGGAUAUACAAGGUUUAGGCCUCAGUCUCCAGAAAAAGAACCCGAAUCACCAAAAAAAGCGGAAUACACACGUUAUAAGCCUGAAAAAGAAUCUCAAUCGACCAAAAAACCUCUAGAAAGGCCAACUUCACCAGAUUAUGCAACGGUUAGGCCUAAAUCUCCUGAAAAGGAACCCAAACGAACAACUUCUCCUGAGUACACAAGAUCCAGACCUAAAUCUCCAGAAAUCAAGGUGAGAAGCAGAGAGCCAACUCCUGAAGGUGAACUACCACAUUACAUGAAACCUUUGGAUAGAAGUUUGAGGCCUAACAGUCCUCACAGGGAUAGCAUCAAUCAAGCUAAGCCCCAGCAGCAUGAACCGCAACCUGCAGACCAAGUAGAUACAAGACAAACGAAGUUUGGAGUUACUUUGAGAAGGACUGACUCUGGACGAACUACAAAAACUACCGAAACAUCAACAUCAACUACUGAGAGGAGAAAAAGCAGUAUAACUUUGGAAAAGCGCAUUACUGAGGAGGAAAUUGAGGAAAUAUUUGAAAUAGAAGUUUUAGAGGAAUUGUUGGAAAAAGUUGUUGGUUACGAGCUUAGAAGAAAAAUCCGCACCCAAAUUCGCCUAGUCAAAAGACUUAUAUCCGAAGGCACUCUUGAAUCGUACAUAGCCAAGAGAAGAUCUGCACCGCGUGAAGCUAUCAGUAGACGAGGUUCUAGUCCAGCUAAAACUGUUAAACCAACUUCAUCCACAACUUCUACUACAGAAUAUCAGACUACAUAUGUGAGGAAAGAUGGGCCAAAAAGAAGCCCUAGUCCAUCUAAAACUGUUAAAUCGAGUUCAUCCACAACUUCUGCCUCUGAAUAUCAGUCCACAUAUGUAAGGAAAACUAGUCCAGAACCUAGAAGAAGUACUAGCCCAGCCAAAACUGUGACAUCGGUUUCAACUUCUACUGAAUACAUGAGAAAACCUAGUCCAGAGCCUAAGCCAAAUGAACCUAGAAGAGACUCUAGUCCAGCUAAAACUGGCAAAACAACUUCUUCUGAAUACCAGACCUCAUAUGUGAGAAAAACUAGUCCAGAGCGUAGAACUAUAGAUAACAAGCUUUACCAACACACAGAUAUUGUAGACAGUAAAAAAACCGUAGAGCAAAGUUCUUCAGAAUAUCAAUCCUCCUACAAAUCUACAAAAGUAACUAAAAACGCGAGCCCGGUUCGGGAUAGAUCUAGUCCACAAAAAAGCCCUGAAAGAAGAGUCUCCAAAACCGUAGACCUCAUACCUGAAGGUAAAGUAACCACUGUAAAAACCACUGAAACAAUUCCUGGAGGCACCAAAACCACCACGACUAAAACUACUGAAAAAUCAUUUACAACCCUGAAAAAGACAGCCCCAAUAACCAAAAAGCCAAUCGAAGAUAGUCAACCUGAAUGGGUGAGACAAAGAAAUUUGAGAAACGCCAAAGACAGUGCAGCACCAGUAAACAAAAAAGUCUCUUCUACCACCAGUACCACCACAACAAAAAAAUCCUCAAUCCUAAGAACCAGUCCAGCAAAAGAAGUCAAAGGUACUGACAUCAUUACAUCGAGUUACGGUGUAGGGCCUACCGAUGAGAAUGGUACCCCACUAUUUGGAUUGAAAGCUUUAAGGGCCCAGAAUAAGAACGAGAAAAUUAAAGUUCAAGGUACGGUAAUCCGAAGUGAGUACUAUUCAGAAAACGACCAAGAGCCGGUGGGGCAAGUGAGCGUGACGAAAUAUUCGAACGAUCCGAGAGAUUUGGACCAAGAUGGCCCUGUAUCUUCCGAUGGUAAGGUUACAAGUGUGACUACUACUCAGAAAUUUGGUUAUAAGGAUACGCCAUCUUUAAGAAGUCUUACCAACAAUAAAAAACAAAUUUGCGAUUCAAGCGAAAAAACAUCAUCGACGACCACUAAAACCACUAAAGUUAACAGACGAGGUUCAGUAAAAGAAAUGUCCAAGAAAUUCAUUGAUAAUGCAGUUGAAACUUUGAAGAGUGAACGGCAAACAACCUACCCCAAGGCAGGUUUGAUCUUGCGGAGUUCCAGCUUCAAAAGUACAAACGGAGAAGGCGAACCUGAUAGCCGAGAAUUAUCUCCAGCUGACGACAGAGAGGCUGAAAGCAGUACCGUGACAGUACGCACGAUGAAAACGACAAGCAGCAGCAGCGGUGAGACGUUUUUGACAAACAAAAGUAAAAUUUCCGGAGUGCAAGAUGUGAUAACUAGAAUGAAAAAUGAAGAAUACGGAGCGGAAGGUGAUAGUGAAGAAGAUGUUGCUGCCAGAGGACUUUUGAAUAAAUUUUUAGGUGCGCAGGUGAUACUUUCUGGAAUGGAGUCUCAUGCAGCAUCUUCAAAUACAAAAACGACCACAUCAUCUUCUUCUCCAGAAGGCACGGUCAGGAGAACUACAAAGAUAACUACUACUGUCACGGAAGGAGGAAAACCGACAACUACUACAAGAGUCUUCCUACGUCCAGUAACUGAAAAGGAACUAGAGACCGUUUGGGACGAACAGAGCCUUCAAGUUUUGUUAGAGCAAAGUACCGACUACGAGGAACGUCGCAUUAUCAGACUCAAACUACGCCAAGUAAUGGCAGAACAGGAAGCAUGCACGGCUUUGGUGGACGAGGCGACCAGAGGCGAAGAAGCCAAGACACCAACGACACCGCCAAUUUCCGGACACUUAGAGGAAGCGGUUGAGACUACCAAAGAGGUGAAAAGCGAGGGUGACGUUACAACGACAAAAGUGACCACCACAAAGGUGACCCAACAACAGCAGCAGGUGAGGUCGGUACCCAAACCUAUAUCGCCUUUUGCUAAAUUUCGUCAGUUGGACAAGCAGAACAGCGUCAAUCAGCCAACACCUCCAAGCACCCCGGGCACACCCCGCGGCAGCGGGCCCCUCUUUAAAUUCACCGAUCCGGCCCUAACGCAGUCCGCGAGCACGAUUAAAGACCGCCUCUUGCACUGGUGUCGGAUGAAGACUAAGGAGUACGAGAACAUUCAACUAGACAACUUCUCCAGCAGCUGGGCAGACGGGCUAGCCUUUUGUGCACUAAUCCAUCACUUCCUACCCGAAGCAUUCGAUUACAGCAUUCUGACGCCAAAGGACCGUAAACACAAUUUCGAGUUGGCCUUCCGAAUUGCAGAUGAGAAAGCCGACAUUUUUCCACUCCUAGACGUCGAAGAUAUGCUAGAAACUCGAAGGCCGGAUUGGAAGUGCGUCUUCACCUACGUCCAAUCAAUCUACAGACGUUUCAAAGACGAAGAUUAAAUUUUCGAUAAUAAAUUUUGUAAUUUUUGAUAUCCGCCAAAAGGUAUAGCUUUAAAUGUUUUUAAUUUUUUUUUUGUAUUUUAUUUCUAGGAAAGGGAUGAACUGAUGUAAAUAUUAUUGUAAAUAAUGUAUUUACAAAAAUAAGGCAAAUAAAAUACAAAAAAAGAAGUUUUAAUUGUUAAUUGUAAUAAUUGUUUGUUUAAAAAAAAAAACAAAAUUAUUGUGAAGCUGUUUAAAACUAAUUGUUAUGUUCCUUUUUUUUUAAUGUUUGGUGCUUUUUAUUUGUUAAUCUCUUCUGUGAUUAUUUUUACUUGUACUGAAUCAUCUAGAAAAAAAAGGCAUUUUAAGUGAUCUUCAGAUCUCUCGACUUUCUAAUUCAGUUUCUACUUUAGGUACAAAGUUUUAUACUUUUUGCCCAGCUGUUUUAUAUAAGCACAUUUAUUUAGGUUUAGUUUUUAUUAAUUAUGUAGAUUUAACGCUUAUUUAUUUAUACUUUUUAAGGGAUGUUGCCGACUAGCUUUUGGUAUUUUUGCUUCUAACACUUAAAAGCCGAUUUUUGCCAAUUAUAUUGUAUUGUAUUAUUGAAGGUAUAUUAUUAUUAUAAAAGGAUAAUUUUUGCAGCUAUUUCUUAUAUGUGCCUUUUAAUAAUUAAUUGCAAGUACCCGUACUAGAUAGUAAACAUUUUAUAAAACUAAAUGGAUUUAGUAUACAGAUCUAACAAAAUAUAAUAUUGUUUAAUAAAGUAA